AUUUCCAAAAUACAUCUUAAGCUUAUAUAUAUCAUUCAACAAAAGUCAACGUACAUACAUAAACGAUACUUGUUACCAUAUAGCAUAAUGGGAUGUAAGAAGUUUUUACUACUUUUUCUUAUUUUGUUUAUUGCUUCCAUGGUCAUUUUGGGCGCGGAUGGUCGAGUUGCACGUAAAGAUCUAGGUGUUGAUCUUGGUGAUGUAAGUGUUGGUGUUGGGGUUGGUGUUGGUGUGGGUUUAGGGGGUAGUGGCAGUGGUUCUGGAGCCGGUGCUGGAUCCGGAUCUGGUUCAGGAUCCAGAUCUAGCUCCUCCUCUUCUUCAAGCUCUUCAAGCUCGAGCAAUAGUGGUUCUGGAGGAGGUAGUUCUGAAUCAGGGUCGUCCGCAGGAUCUUAUGCGGGAUCUCAUGCUGGAUCAGGACAUCGCGGUGGAAAUUAAAUGACGAUAUAUUCGCACGUAUAUGAUAUAUGUUAUAAUUUUAUGUACACGUACCGUAUUUUGUAACUACGCUUAUACAUCUAAUCUUAAUAAUAAUAAUAAUAAUAAAUAAGUGGUGAUAUACCGGCCACCAUUUGUAGAUUUA